UGACAUACUAUACUCGCCAUAACCCGGCGAGCUACAUUGGCUUCACUUUAUAGUGAUAUAAAGAAUAAAAUAAAUUUCGCUAUUUGCUGGAAAGAUUUAAAGCUAUAUAGUACAUUGAAAUGUAAAAAUCUAUAUAGUUAUAUCCAAUCAGCAGGCAAUUUGUCCCUUGUUUAUAUAUAUUAUUUUAUAUUUAAUUAUAUACAAAGCGCCUCAGAGACUACACGCGAAAUAUCUUUUAAUUUCUCUAAAUUUAAUACUUAUUUUAAUAUAUUAAAUAAUAAUAAUGAGUUAUUAUAUAAUAAUUUAAAUUCUAUUCCUGAUGAUUUACUUAUAUGAUUAAUUGGAUUUAUUGAAGGUGAUGGUGCUAUACAAUCAUAUAGUAAUAAUACUAAAAUUAAAUUUGUAUUAACUCAAAAGGAAAGUAAUGUUUUAUAUUUUAUACAAAAAUUUUUAGGUAUAGGACAUGUUAAAUAUUUUCCUCAAGGUAAAUCUAAUAAUAAUAAUGGAUUUUAUAGACUUAUUGUUGAAAAACAUUCUCAUUUAUUAUUAUUAACUUAUUUAUUUAAUGGUAAUUUAGUGUUAACACAUAGAAUUAAUCAAUUAUCUUUAUGAGUUAAUUAUUUUAAUAUUAAAUUUAAUAAAAAUAUUAAAUUAAUUAAUAAAUCAGCUAACAUUUCAUUACAAGAUCCUUGACUUUCAGGAUUUACUGAUGCUGAAGGUUGUUUUAAUGUAUCUAUUACUAAUAAUAAAAAAUAUAAACUUAAUUCAGUUAUAAAAUUAAAAUAUAUAUUAGAUCAAAAAGAUGAGAAUAUAUUAAAUAUAAUAAAAGACUUAUUUGAUCUAGGUAAAGUUACUUAUAGAUCUGAUACUGAAGGAGUAUAUAGAUAUACUAUUACAGGUUAUAAAUCUAUAAAUAAAGUUAUAUCUUAUUUUAAUAAAUAUCCUUUAUAUACUAAAAAAGCUUUAUCAUAUAAAUAUUUUAAUAUAAUAUAUAAUAAAGUUAUAAAUAAAGAACAUUUAACAAUAGAAGGAUUUAAUGAAAUAAAAAGAUUAAAGAAACUUAUUAAUUUAAAUGUAUCUAAUAUCAUUAAAACAGGUAAAGCAGGUAAAAUUUAG